CAUCCCUGGUCACGUCACUUUAAAUUUCAAGAAAGUAUUCAAUUGAUAUUGUCCGGCACUCUUUUUAUCCUUGCAGAGAGCCCAGUAUUGCGUCAACAACCCUCAGAUUCAGCCAGUUUUAACUACCAAGGGCACUCCUUCCCAGAAUGUCGGAAACAUCAAGCGUAGAGGUGGAUGCGGAAAGGGAGCGGGACGGAGAAGGGGACCGGGGCCCGUCCGAUCCUGCCACUCACGACCACGACUGCAGCAAGAUCGAGGCUCUACGCCAGCGAUCCCAACGCCUGAGCGCCCGGCUUCAGCAGACGCAGAGGGAGAUGGAGACGUCCAGUGCACACGGCAAGGAGUCACCUGCCGCCACCCAAUCCGUGCAGGACGUCAAUCCGCCAACGCAGAGGCGCAUGGGGGAGGCGGGCCGGGCCCCACCUGCGUCCUCCAACAGCCGACAGGUCCAACAGAUGUCUUCCCAGCAACAGCUGAACCAGGUGCAGAUUCUUCCGAAUUCCAGCCAACAGCCAAUAGCGAAGAAGAAGUCAAAGCGGGCGCUCAGAAACGAGGUAGGUGCUCUUCAGGAGAUGGUCAAACUGCUGUCGCACGUUUCUCCGGACGUUAAUGCGUAUGCCGCCCAGCUGAUUCGCCAGAACGAGGUACUGUCCCAGCUGGAGUGGGCUCCGCCCAGGGUGUCCCCAGUGCCCCAGCAGGCUCUGCGGCAACUCCCUCAGCGCAUUGACGGCGGGAGCGAGAUAGUCCGGCGACAACUGCCUGAGCAGCGGGGUGAAGGGCGGCAGCGCCAUGAUUCUGAUGUCUCGAGCAGCAAUAGCAAUCCUUCCCAGCAACUGACAAAACAAGGACGGCGGCAGCGUAACCGCAAAAAAAGCGAUGGCUCCGGCAAAAGCACAACUCAGUCACUAAAAACCGAGCUGGAGGCCAUGCGGUCGUACAUAAACAAGAUCGUCCAGCAUCACGUAGGCAUUGACCACCAGCUGCCGCUUGAUCUAAUCUUUAAGGGCAAUUUUUCCGACCUGGAAGCGCAUGCGCAGCGACUGACUGCGGCAGGUUACGGACGCAUUGUGGAGGAGGAGAUUCGGGUAAACCGCAAAAACAAUAGGCAGGCCUUCAUCACGAUGUCCACAGACCGGGAAGCCCUCGAACGGGAUGGAAUCGUAUUGCUUCCUGUGGCCAGGCGAUAUGCCUUUGAAGGCGACAAAGUGCGCGCCUUCGUUCUAAAUGCAGGUGCCCAGUGCAGUUCAAAGCCGGCCGAGCCCUCCUCUGGCGGAAUUACAGGCGGAAAGCCGUCUAUAUCACUCGCGGGUGAUGAGGAACUUUCGGAUGAAACUGAGUCUCAGGACUCGGAUGCGGAAGCGGAUGCCGACAAUGUGGUCGUCAUAUCGUCGGAUAACUGCCCGAAAGCGUUCGUCAUAGCCAUUACCAAGCAAACUGAGCUUCGUCAGAUUGUGGGAACUAUAUCGUUCACAAACCCCAACAAGCUAUGUGAUGAUCAGCUGUUUUACAAGUUCCGACCGUAUGACUUGCGAGUACCCAUGGUCUACGUGCCCAUGGAGGCCUGUACCGCUCACAUCGGAAGCAACCAGCAGGCAGGGGAAGUGUCCGGCCUCCUCUACCUUGCCCACAUACUGGAGACUGAUUGCAAUGGGCAUUGCAUCGCGGAGCUAAUCCAACCGGUUGGACGCGUGGGAAAUUUGGAGGAUGAGCUAAAGGCAAUUCUUUUUCAUAAUGGCCUCCGAGAUAUAAAGCCAUUUGAGCAGCGAUUUGACGACUUGUACUCCCAGCCGUCACCGCCGAUAAGCAAGAUUGAUCUGAGCCAGCGAAGGGACUUGAGAAAGAUGUGCAUAUUUACCAUAGACCCAAUGACUGCGCGCGAUCUGGAUGACGCUGUUUCCAUUGAGAAGCUAGGCGACAACAGAUAUGAAGUAGGCGUACAUAUAUCGGACGUGUCGCACUAUCUAAUGGAGGACAACGAGCUAGAUAAUAUCGUCAAGGAGCGUUCUACAUCUAUUUAUCUAGCCAAUGAAGUAAUUCACAUGCUGCCUCAGUCUCUAUGCAUGCGUUGUUCGCUGCUGCCCGGAGAGAACAAGUUCGCCUUUUCCGUCUUCUGGCAGAUGGACGGGGAGGGAGUCAUGCUGGAAGAAAAGCCCGAGUUUUCCCGAACCAUCAUAAACUCCUGUUCGCAAUUUGCCUACGAACACGCACAAAAGAUUAUCGACAACCCUAAGGAGCGGUUUACCGAGAACGACUUCCCGACCAUCCUAAACGGAUUUCAUACCAAUGACAUUACAAAAAGAGUCCUGUGGCUCCACAGGAUGGCGAGCUCCAUGCGUAAAUCACGCUUUGACAACGGCGCACUUACCAUAAACAACGCCAAGCUGCGCUUCGUUCUAGAUCCAAUCAGCGGGGAGCCUGUGUCAUUCGAGGUGGAGAAACAACGCGAGGCAAACCGCAUGAUUGAGGAAUUCAUGCUGCUGGCCAACCAGGCGGUAGCUCGUUUUAUACACGACGCCUUUCCUGAGAUCGCUGUGCUCCGGAACCACCCGCCACCACUAACCAAGUCCCUUAAGACGUUACGGGAAAAACUCCAGGCAUUAGGAUUUGAACUGGACUACAGCUCGUCCAAGACGCUCCAGGAAAGCAUGGUGCGGCUUUGCAACGAGGCCCCCAAUCCUGUCGCAAUGAAUGCUUGCCUCAGUCAGCUGCUAAUGAAGCCCAUGGCAAGAGCAACAUAUUUUUGCAGUGAGGGUAGAACGGAACCGGCAGACCUAUGGCACUACGCCUUGUCCAUACCUAUCUACACGCACUUCACUAGCCCGAUCCGCCGCUAUCCUGACAUAAUGGUGCACCGCCUGUUGGCGGCUGCACUUAAUUACUGCCCACCGCCUGGACGCACACCAGACGAUCUUCACGCCCUGACGAAAUUAGCCAAUGAGCGCAAGUACAAUGCCAAAAUGGCCGGGGAUGACUCCGGCAACUUGUAUUUUAAGCGCUAUGUACGCAAUAAGCAAGGCAUCUACAUGCAUGCCGUGGUAAUAGAGAUAUUUCAGCACAUGAUGAAUGUGGUUACUCUAGAGUCUGGCCACGUCAUAAGCAUCCACUUCAAGAUGCAAAAGGUCCUUGUGGACACGCACAGUGCACCAAACUACGUUAUGAUUGCCGAGCGUAACAUGAAGCAAUCACCUCGCAAACUGCAGAUACUUUCUUUGGUGCCUAUUUUCCUGUUCAUUUGGGAUAAUAAGCUAACUGGAUUCCUAACGAUGGGAGACCAGCGCAUACAUGCGCCCAAGGAGCAGCAAACCGGAUCGGGCACGUCCCGAAAAAACAAGCCAAAGCAGCAGCAAGUUAAUCACCAGCAACGACAACAGCAGCAUAUCCAACAGCAGCGGAUUUUUGCCAUGAGGCAAAAUAGCUUAUAAGUAUACACAGAAGUAGGGCUUAAGCUUUUGUCUCAGAGAUCCCUUUCGUUAUCUCGCCGUCGACUGCAUUUAUUUUGAAAAAUCGGAAAUUCUUCAAAACUUUCUUACAUUUGGACAGCAUUACUGAUUAUAAAGUCCAAGCUAUGCUUGGAGUAAAUUGACUCUGUGAUGCUUACUAUUUCGAUAUACAUUUUCAUAACCUAAUAAGCUCUGUUUAAAUGUAUGUGGUAUAUACAUUAAAUUGUAAAGACAAAGCUGUUUUGCAGGAUUCCCAAACAAUAAAAUUAAGUCGACCACCAGUAA